UAAAUGUGGUGAACAAGAUUUACAAUUAAAUUCAAAUGGAAAAAGUAUCAAUCUUACCUCAACCUGAACUAAAGUCCUCAGAAACCAUCAAGGUAUGUUUUCAAAUGGUUCUCUUCUUUAACCUCUUAUACAGCCUGAGACUCCUUCCCACCCUUCACCGCUUACCCAUUCCCAAGCCUGAACAAGAACAAGCCAACAGCUGUACACUCACUUUAGAACCCUGCCUCCACAACCUGUGCGAAGACUGCCUUCUAAAAAUAUUCAAAGAAGGACUUGUAGAAGACAUCGAGUGCCCACAGUGCCUAAAAUGGGAAAAUCUCUACCAAAAUGAAGAAAUUUUGGAAAUGGAGGAUUUUCAAAGGAUUAGACAGGUAGUUCAGAAGAGGAGAGAGAGUCUCAAAUGCCCUUGUGGAGAAAAGGGUAAGAGAGUUGAUGGUGAAGGAGAGAAGGGGGUAUUUAAGGAUGUUGGAGGAAUGUCUGAGAAGAUACUCGUUAUGUGUGAGACUUGUGACACUACUUUUUGAGGAGAGUGCAAAGUAGCUCCUUAUCAUGCUGGUAAAACUUGUGAAGAGCAUAAGAUAGAGAGUCAGGUGUUCAAAUGAAGGUUUUGAAGUGAUCCCAUCAAAGAAGACUUUAAAGAAGGUUUAGAAACUAACUUUUGUUCGAAGAUAAACUGAAUCCAAAAAAGCAAAGUUACUUGCCAAAAAUUCCACAAAUGAGGGCAUCCUUGUCUUGGAUUCGCAGAUGAAGAGGAAUGUCUCGCUUGCUUGCAUCCAGAAUGUGUAUCCAAAAGUCCUAGCUCAACUUUCGGAACCGAUCAAAAGAGCUCAUGAGGAAUCUGUCUUUCCCCACUCGAAGAUGAGCCAUGUGUUCAACUCAGCUGCAAGCAUAUUUUUCACGAAGAAUGCAUUAAAGGUCGAAUUCAGAGUAGAUGGACUGGUCUCAGAAUCAGCUUCAAUUUUAAAGGAUGCCCAACUUGUAAUGAAGAAAUCUGUCAUGCUAGCAAUGAUGAGAUUAUUGCUUUAAUGAAGGAGAAAAAUGAUUUUGAGAAAGAAAUAAUCCAAAAAUCUAUUGUAAAGGCAAAAUCUGAUGGUUAUGAUAAAGACCCAGAGCUACUAAAUUCGAAUUCCCCCUUUUAUAAAAACCUUGAGGCUCUUUGUAUGGAUAAAUUUUGUUAUUAUGAGUGCUAUGACUGUAAGACUCCCUACUUUGGUGGGCUCUAUGAAUGUGCGCAGAUGCUUGGAGUUAAUCAGGAAGAUCUUCUGUGCUAUAAAUGAUCCGCAAAAACAUUAGAUGGAAAGACAGAAUGCCCAACUCAUGGAUCUGCCUACAUUGAAUUUAAAUGCAAGUUUUGUUGCAACCUAUCUGUUUACAAAUGCUCUUCUGGAUACUACUGUGAACCGUGCCAUGCAAGUUCAAAGAACAGGAUCAUCGGGAGAUGUGUAGGACCAGAAAAAUGUCUUCUCAAAGUCCCUCAUAAAGACAAUGGUACCUCUCUAGCUCUUGGAUGUGGCAUUUGUAGAAACAGAGUCGGUUGCGAAAUAUAGAAUUUACCAAAAAUGAGAACUAUAAAAUUAGCCUAGCUAAUUUA